AUGCCAGAAUUUAACAGAAGCAGACCCCUUGAAUCAUUGCGACUUCGUCACACGAAUUUCUCUGGUGAGCUACCGAAUUCAAUUGGUAACCUUGAGUCCUUAAAAUAUUUUGCUGUUGCUAAUUGCAAUUUCUCUGGGCCAAUACCGUCUUCAUUUGGUAACCUUACCAAAGCAACCUUCCUAGAUCUAGCAGAUAAUAGGUUGCAAGGUUCAAUUCCACAGUCAAUAUCUAGGCUUGUGAAUCUUGAAAAUCUCAAUCUAUUUUCUAAUCACUUGAGUGGCAUGGUGGAAUUUGACUUGUUUUUGAAAUUCAAAAAUCUCAAGGGGCUCCAACUAUCCGGCAACAAUAUUACAUUGCUUACAAAGCCAAGUACCAACGCAAUUCUUCCAAAAUUUGAAAUUUUAGGGCUAGGUUCCUGUGACUUGAGCGAUUUUCCAGACUUUCUAAGGAACCAAGAUGAGUUGGAGGGUUUGGAUCUUUCUGGAAACAAAAUUCACGGCCAAAUUCCAAAAUGGAUGUGGAAUUUAAGUAAAGAAACUCUCUGGAUUUUACAGCUGGAUUUCAACUCUCUAACUGGUUUUGAUCAACUUCCAGUUUUUCUCCCCUGGACUAAUCUACGUGUUUUGAUGCUUCGUUCUAACUUGCUUCGAGGGCUGCUCCCAAUCCCACCACCUUCUAUAAUUUGGUAUUCGGUCUCAAACAACAAACUGACCAGAGAAAUCCCACAAUUGAUUUGCAAUCUAAGUUCAAUUGUUUUUCUUGACAUGUCAAACAAUUACUUGAAUGGCUUGCUUCCGCAAUGUUUAGGCAACUUGAGUGACUCUCUCUCAGUUCUAAAUCUAUGCGACAAUAGAUUCCAUGGAACUCUUCCAGAAAUAUUCGCAGAAGGAAACAAAUUGAAGAUGAUUGAUUUUAGCCCAAAUCAAUUACAGGGGCGUCUGCCAAAAUCAUUGGCCAAUUGUGCCAUGCUUGAAGCUCUUAAUUUGGGACAUAAUCAGAUGAAUGAUACUUUCCCUUUUUGGUUGGGCAUUCUUUCAGAAUUGAAGGUUCUCAUUUUGCGAUCUAAUGGAAUCUAUGGUGCAAUGGAAAAUCUUAAUAGCAAUUGUGAUUUCUCAAACAUACAUAUUAUUGAUCUCUCAAAUAAUGACAUUGCUGGUAAGUUGCCCUCUCAAUACUUCCAAAAUUGGAAAGCCAUGCAAAUCCAUGAUGUUAAGGGUUUAGUGUAUAUGGAAGCAAAUAAAAGUAUCAAUUUACCAGGAAUCUGGUCGUAUGUGAACUCCUUUGAUUACUCAAUGACAUUUACUUACAAAGGAGCAGAAAGGGUAUACGAAAAAAUCCCAAAUGUCUUUAUAGCUAUUGUUUUCUCUAAUAAUAGAUUUGAAGGAGAAAUUCCAGAAGUUGUGGGGUAUCUAAAAGGACUUCAAUUGCUCAACCUUUCCAAUAAAUUUCUCAUAGGUCAUAUCCCUUCUUUCUUGGUGAACUUAACAAAUCUAGAAGUAUUGGACUUUGCUCAAAACAAGUUGUCUGGUGUGAUCCCUUUGCAACUUGUGCAACUCACGUUUCUCGCAUUCUUUAACGUCUCCCAUAAUCAUCUCACGGGACCUAUACCACAUGGGAAUCAGUUUGAAACAUUCCCAAACAGUUCGUUUGGUGGUAAUUCUGAAUUAUGCGGAAGCCCUUUGUCAAAGAAAUGUGGAAAUUCAGAAGACUCACCGCCUCCACCUUCAACCUUUGAAAAGACUCAAAACUCAUCAUUUUUGUUUGAAUUCAGUUGGAAAGUAGUUGCUAUGGGAUAUGGUUGUGGAAUCAUAUUUGGACUUCUUGUUGGGCAAAUUGUGUUCACAAAGAAGCAUGAUUUGGUUAUGAAGACUUUUGCAAUCGGGCAGCCAACAUGA